CCGUGACUUUUAUUCUGUAAUCACCAGAGGCGUCUAAAUCAAGGACCUCCAUACAGGCAGCUGAUGAUACUGCCAGCUGAUACACUAUUCAUAAAGAAAAUAGAUAAAGCAGCAUUUUGUCGCUGCAAACCUGUUCGGGUGGAACAGAGGAUGGUUGCAUUUAUUAUAGUCAGUAUAAUUUGACGAAUGUCGGUGUUAUUUAAGGAGGAAAUGCGUGAGUUUAUGGAGUCAAAGCUUUAAAUGAGGAUCAUGGCGUUUCCGGAGGGAGAAUCACUCGAAUCCUGGCUCAACAAAGCCACACACCCGACCAACAGACAGGAGGACUGGGAAUACAUAAUCGGGUUUUGUGACCAGAUCAAUAAGGAGUUGGAAGGUCCUCAGAUAGCUGUGAGACUCCUGGUUCACAAAAUCCAUUCUCAAGAAUGGGAAGCUCUUCAAGCUCUGACGGUAUUAGAGGCAUGUAUGAAGAACUGUGGGCGGAGAUUUCACAAUGAAAUAGCCAGAUAUCGCUUUUUAAAUGAGCUGAUUAAAGUGGUUUCACCCAAGUAUAUGGGGGACAGUGUUUCUGAAAAAGUGAAGAAUAAGAUCAUUGAGAUGUUGUACAGCUGGACGGUGGCGUUUCCCAAUGAGGCCAAGAUAGCAGACGCGUACCAAACGCUCAAGAGACAAGGACUCGUGAUGUCAGACCCAGAAUUGACGGUGGACAAAACCCUGAUCCCGUCCCCUCCGGCACGGCCCAAAAACCCAGUGUUUGACAAUGAGGACAUGGGGAAAUUGUUGGCUGAACUUCUGAGAAGCAAAAACCCAGAAGAUCUUCAGGAGGCGAACAGACUCAUCAAAAAUAUGGUGAAGGAGGACGAGGCCCGAGUGCAGAAAAUGACUAAACGCAGCAAUACUCUGGAGGAAGUGAACAACAACGUCAAGCUCCUGAGCGAAAUGCUGAGUCAAUACGACAGGACCCGAUCAUCAGACGCCGACCGUGAGCUCAUCAAGGAGCUGUAUGAGCGCUGUGAUAAACUACGACGCACCGCGUUCAAACUGGCCACUGAAGCAGAGGACAACGACUCCAGUUUGGGUGACAUUCUCAAGGCAAACGAUGAUUUGUCCAGAGUAAUCAGCUCUUAUAAACGAAUCGUAGAAGGACAGGCAGACGACGGGGAUGGUGAAGAUCUCAGACCAGCUGCUAGUGAAGGACGUGAGACCACGGGCACUUUGAUUGAUCUGGCUGGACUGGAUGAACCUUCCUCUCCCCCGACCGUCCCCCCUCCUUCUCUUCCUCCUCAGGUCCUGUCAGCCAAUCCCACGGCCUCGUCCAUCCCUGUGCUGCCGCCUCCUCCUCGCCGAUUGGCCGGCGGUCACAGCAGUCAGACGAGCAGCCCCAAUCACAAACCACCUGAGCAGCAGAACUCUCUCUCCCUGCUGGACGAUGAACUCUUGUCUCUCGGACUGAAUGAUCCUCCCACUGUGCCAAACAGACCAAAGUUGGAUGAGUUGUCUGGUCAGUGGACGUCUCUACAGGCUCCUGAUGCGGGCCUGGACCUGUUUGGGAGCUUCUCGGCACCGAGCGCUGUCUUUCCAACAACACACACACCUGCACAAGCCUCACACACACUGGCUGUCAGUCAGGGGCUGCAGGACCUCUCUAUGCUGGACUUUGGAGGUGGAAAGAGUGUGUCUGGUCUGAGUGGCAUUGCUGGAGGUACUUUUGGUCUUUCUGGAGGUGUGAUGGGCUCCGCAGCCGCCCCUCUUCAGUCCACUAACCCGUUUGUGAGCGCGGCGGCACCGGGAUCACCCGCUGUGGCCCGGGCUCAGGUGGUGACGGGCGGCUCUGCUCCAGGCAGCCCUUUCUUUCAGCCCUUCUCUUCUCCGUCUCACUCGCUUCAGAGCAGCCCAGCGCGGAGCUCAGACCCCAGCCUCUCCAACCUGAACGUCCCGCUCGAGUCCAUCAGACCCAGUAAAGUCUUACCUGUGACCAUGUACGAUAAGGACGGAGUCCGUGUUCUUCUGCACUUUGCGAUGGACUGUCCACCGGGUCGACCGGACGUCCUGGUCAUGGUGGUGUCGUUGCUCAACACGGCGCCGUUACCCGUGCGAAGCAUAGUGCUGCAAGCAGCUGUGCCCAAGUCUAUGCGAGUGAAGCUUCAGCCUCCAUCAGGUGCAGAGAUCCCGCCCUUUAACCCCAUCCUGCCCCCCGCAUCCAUCACUCAGGUCAUGCUGCUCGCCAACCCACUCAAGGAGCGUGUGCGUUUGCGCUAUAAGCUGACGUAUCUUCUGGGAGAGCAUCAGUAUUCGGAGGUGGGAGAGCUGGAUCAGUUUCCUCCAGCGGACAGAUGGGGGUCCCUGUAGAUUUACCUCGCUGUUUGCCUGCUUCAACUCUUAAAUGUUCAUUCCCAAGUAUCAGCAUUCAUUUGUUUUCAGUCAGUGUUUUACUGUAGGCUUGUGAAGCAGUAUUUGAUGCUUGAUGUUUGUUGGAUAUUAAUACAGUAACAAAACAUCAGUGACACACAUGAUGGUCUGAAGCGGACACACACGGUUCAGAGAUGCUCUUAAAACGGUUUACCAUGGUAAUCAUAGUUUCUGUCAAAAUACCAAAGUAAAACCAUAACUAACUGGCAGUUUCAACAAACACUACAACGAUUUAAAAACAAAAUUAAAAAAUCCUUUAAUUUGAGAAAUAAGCUAGAUAUCUUGAAUGAUUUAUGAAUUAAUUUAGACUUAAUUUUUACCACCUUUUACCAGUGACAUUUUAUUGUUAUAGAGAUAAUAUAAUAGUUGUUUUUAUAAGAUUAUAAAAUUUUUGUAUUUAAUUUUCAUUGUAAUUUUUAAGUUUUAGUAACUAGUUUUUGUUCGUUUUUUGUCAUUUUUAUGUAGUUUUUUCUCAACGUUUAUAGUUUUUUUUUUGUAUUUCCAUUUUUUAAGCUACUUUAGUACAUUAAGUUAAAGUAAAUGGAAAUGUGAAAUUUAUAGAAAAAAAAAAUGGUACCCUAGUUAUACAUGCAUGCAUGCAUACAUAGAUACAUAAAUGUUUAUGUCUAUAAAGUUUUCAUGUCUGAAGUUUUGGUAAUAGGUUGCAAAAUCUGUUAAGUUUAGUGGCUCUUUCCAUUGACUACAUGUUGAGAAAUUUUCAAGCACUGUAGUACCUAUGGUAUUUUGAAGUAAACUAUGGUAAAUGUUGGUAAGCUCAGAAGCCGAGCUGAUGCUGAUGGUGUCACAUGACCUCGCCGCUGUCCGUGGAGUGUAUUUAACCGUGAUUUCACUCUGUUCAGACAGUGUUAGAUGGUCUUGCGCUCUUCAAAACAAAGAAGCCGUAGAACUUUGCUGUUUCUAGAACUAAAUGAUUCAUUUCCCGCAAACUUCAGCUCUCUAAGUCACGAAGCAUCAGAACGAAUGUACCUGCAGUCAAACGAGUUUACACGGAGGACGCUUUGAGUUUACACGCAUAAUGUCAGAGUAGCAUUAUGUUGUCCAUUUUGAGUUUUUAUCUGCCUGUGUCAUAGUUCAACGGUUUCUGUUUUUAUUUAUUGCUGCUACUGGAACGUUUGGACUCAAGUUUCAGCAUUACAGUCUGUCUCUGAUAGUCGGCAGCUUUUAUUGACCAUUUUAGAUUUAUUUAUAUAAUUGUGGCAUAUUUAUAUAGUGUUUUUGCGAUGAAGAUCUUGAUGGAGGAUGAACUGUAAUGAUUAGCACAGUUCAUCAUAAGUCGGAUUGGAGAUGUGUUUUGGUAAAGUGGAGGCAUCAGCAGUCAGUCCUCCGAGCGUUUCACGUGAUUUGAUUCUUUUAAGCACUGUAGCAGGGCAAAUGAGCAUUUAUUAAAUAAGAUAAAGGCCUCAUGUGAUUUUAGUCCAAACAAAACUUAAUGUGUCCAAGCAGAAGAAGAGGACAACUGCUCCUCUGAAGUGAGUAAACCGUACAGUUCAUUACGAUCAUGUGUUUAGACUCUGGUAUCACACAAAAAAUGACUUGCAUUUCACCCACAGAAACAAAACAAAUCAUAUUUUGCAUAAAGAAAAGUUUUUUCUUUUUUUAUCCCUGUACGAAAAUAUAACAACUUAUUAAUUUGUUUUAAUUUUGGGGUAAACUUGAAAGCGUUUUUCGGUCCUAAAACAGUUUUAAUAUAGCAAAAUAUGUCGCCUUAUUGAUUUCGGGGUGAAUUCUUGGUGGUUUUUGAGUGUGGUGAGAUUCAUCUACUUCAUGGCUGUGAAUCUUGUGUGUUUGAACACAUUGGACUGUAUUUCUGGACAUCAUGGAGCAUCUCUGCUGAUUCUGUCUGACGUGUUUCAGGAUCUGAAGGUCUCAGAGCUUCAUUGUGCAUCUGCAUCAAAGUGUUUAGAGUAUUUCUGAGGAACCUUGUCUGUGUAUUAUUAUGAGUCGUGUCUCCUUUUAAGACUCAAAGCCUCAUCAGGUCUGAAGUUGAUGAGAGAGAUGGUUUAAGAGGACUCAUUAAAAUAUGUGGAACAAAAGUAGACCUUUGUAAAAGUUAUUAUAGAUGACGAUGAUGUAGAUGAAGCACUGCUCUGGUGUUUAAUAGUGAUUCCAUCAUGUGUACUGCGCCAUUAAAGACUUUAUCAAACGGA